CUGGGGACCGAGGAGCCUGGCUCUACUGUAGUGAAGCAGGUCCCCAGGCCUUGCUUCCUGGGCACUGCUGAGAGGUUAGAGCGGCCUGCCUCGUGCAGAGCAAACUGCCUGUCUGCCUCCCCGGAUUGCCCUGCGGAUGCUCAGCCCAACCCCCUGCUGGGGACUGGCAGGGGACUCCCGAGGUCCUGGGCACCCGAAGGUGGGUCAUGAGGGGCCCCCGAGGUACGCCACCUCUGAGCUGCCUGCCCCACGCCAGCCCGAGAAUAUCAUGUUGCUGGACAAGGACGUGCCCAGCCCCCGCAUCAAGCUCAUCGACUUCGGCAUCGCGCACAAGAUUGAGGCCGGGAACGAGUUCAAGAACAUCUUCGGCACACCCGAGUUUGUGGCCCCUGAGAUCGUGAACUACGAGCCACUGGGGCUGGAGGCGGACAUGUGGAGCAUUGGUGUGAUCACCUACAUUCUCCUGAGUGGUGCGUCCCCGUUCCUGGGUGAGACCAAGCAGGAGACGCUGACCAACAUCUCGGCGGUGAACUACGACUUUGACGAGGAGUACUUCAGCAACACCAGCGAGCUGGCCAAGGACUUCAUCCGCCGCCUGCUGGUCAAAGACCCCAAGCGGAGAAUGACCAUCGCCCAGAGUCUGGAACAUUCCUGGAUCAAGGCCAUCAAGCGUCGGAACGUGCGCAGCGAGGAGAGCGGCCGGAAGCCCGAGCGGCGGCGGCUGAAGACCACGCGCCUCAAGGAGUACACCAUCAAGUCCCACUCCAGCAUGCCGCCCAACCACACCUACAUCAACUUCGAGCGCUUCUCCAAGGUGCUGGAGGAGGUGGCGGCGGCCGAGGAGGGGCUGCGCGAGCUGGAGCGCCACCAGCGGCUCUUCCGCGAGGACAUCGAGGCGCUGACGGCCAUCUACGAGGAGAAGGAGGCGUGGUACAAGGAGGAGCACGAGGCCUUCGGCCAGGACCUGCGGCGCCUGCGCCAGGAGCUGCGCGGGGCCGAGGCGCUCAAGCGGCAGGCCCAGGAGGAGGCCCGCGGCGCGCUGCUGGGCGCCAGCGGCCUCAAGCGCCGCUUCAGCCGCCUGGAGAACCGCUACGAAGCCCUGGCCAAGCAGGUGGCCUCCGAGAUGCGCUUCGUCCAGGAGCUGGUGCGCACCCUGGAGCAGGAGAAGGCGCAGGCUGGCGACUGCGGGCUGCGCUAGGGCCCUGGGGGCGCCCCGCAGGCCAUGCCCACGCAGGUCCCCGCCCCGCCCCGCUGCCGGCCCCGUCUCA